CUUCAGCCCGACAUUGUCACCUCCUCUUUGAGGGGUUAGAAGAAGCUGAGAUCUCCCGACAGAGCUGGAAAUGCACUGCACUUUGACUAUGGAAACAGAGGCUAUUGAUGGCUAUAUGACGUGUGACAAUGAGCUUUCACCUGAAAGGGAGCACUCCAGUAUGGCAAUUGACCUCACCUCAAGCACACCCAAUGGACAGCACGCCUCACCAGGUCACAUGACAAGCACAAAUUCAGUAAAGCUAGAAAUGCAGAGUGAUGAAGAGUGUGACAGGAAACCCCUGAGCCGUGAAGAUGAGAUCAGGGGCCAUGAUGAAGGUAGCGGCCUAGAAGAACCCCUAAUUGAGAGCAGCGAGGUGGCUGACAACAGGAAAGUCCAGGAGCUUCAAGGCGAGGGAGGAAUCCGGCUUCCGAAUGGUAAACUGAAAUGUGACGUCUGUGGCAUGGUUUGCAUUGGGCCCAAUGUGCUUAUGGUACAUAAAAGGAGUCACACUGGUGAACGUCCCUUCCACUGUAACCAGUGUGGAGCUUCUUUCACUCAGAAGGGCAACCUUUUGAGACACAUAAAGUUACACUCUGGAGAGAAGCCGUUCAAAUGUCCUUUUUGUAGCUAUGCCUGUAGAAGAAGGGACGCCCUCACAGGACACCUCAGGACCCACUCUGGUGGCACAUCCAGCUUUGUAUCUUUUAAAAUGUUUAAGAAAUUAUCAGAUUGCAUUUUUGUAUGGUUUUGCAUAGUACCUCCUAUGGAAGAUUGUAAGGAACAAGAGCCUAUCAUGGACAACAAUAUUUCUCUGGUGCCUUUUGAGAGACCUGCUGUCAUAGAGAAGCUCACAGGGAAUAUGGGAAAACGUAAAAGCUCCACUCCACAAAAGUUUGUGGGGGAAAAGCUCAUGCGAUUCAGCUACCCAGACAUUCACUUUGAUAUGAACUUAACAUAUGAGAAGGAGGCUGAGCUAAUGCAGUCUCAUAUGAUGGACCAAGCCAUCAACAAUGCAAUCACCUACCUUGGAGCUGAGGCCCUUCACCCACUGAUGCAGCACCCGCCAAGCACAAUCGCUGAGGUGGCCCCAGUUAUAAGCUCAGCUUAUUCUCAGGUCUAUCAUCCAAAUAGGAUAGAAAGACCCAUUAGCAGGGAAACCUCCGAUAGUCAUGAAAACAACAUGGAUGGUCCUCUCUCUCUCAUCAGACCAAAGAGUCGACCCCAGGAAAGAGAGGCCUCGCCCAGCAAUAGCUGCCUGGAUUCUACUGACUCAGAAAGCAGCCAUGAUGACCACCAGUCCUACCAAGGAAACCCUGCCUUAAAUCCCAAGAGGAAACAAAGCCCAGCUUACAUGAAGGAGGAUGUCAAGGCUUUGGAUACCACCAAGGCUCCUAAGGGCUCUCUGAAGGACAUCUACAAGGUCUUCAAUGGAGAAGGAGAACAGAUUAGGGCCUUCAAGUGUGAGCACUGCCGAGUCCUUUUCCUAGACCAUGUCAUGUACACCAUUCACAUGGGUUGCCAUGGCUACCGGGACCCACUGGAAUGCAACAUCUGUGGCUACAGAAGCCAGGACCGUUACGAGUUUUCAUCACACAUUGUUCGAGGGGAGCACACAUUCCAUUAGGCCUUUUCAUUCCAAAGGGGACCCCUAUGAAGUAACGAACUGCACAUGAAGAAAUACUGCACUUACAAUCCCACCUUCCCUCAGAUGUUGACAUACCUUUUUUAGUUGUUUAAUAUUAUUACUGUCAUUAA